AUGGCUAAUGUCGCCCUAACGUCAGCAUUGCAUCAUUUCCAUCUCGGGCUCUCGGGCCAGCGAUUCAUGUUUGGCUUGUCGCUUGAGCCCCCUCUGGCGCUGAAGCCCGCAUGGGUUGGACUUGAUCGCCCCAGCGAUUUGGUCGUCUUUUGUCCACGGCAGGAGACAGCACAGCAGGAGACAGCACAGCAGGAGCCAGGCCUCCUCCUUAUUCUCAACGUGACAGCACAGACAGCACCAUUUAUUUGGGUAUUGAAAUUUGACUACAAGUGCAUUCAUUCAUCACCAACCAUUUUGAGUUUUGAGGUAAUUUUUGCAAACAAAUUAUCGAAUCCAUGUCUUUUAGGAAACAACUCUCUGAAUGAGUCGGUUGAAAAUUUGAGAGAAAAUAUGAUGUUAGUGAAAAGUCACAAAAAUGUUGUUGGGGAGUCUCAUGAUCAUGAAAUUGGUGGUUAUGAUGGUGGUGAUUUAAAAGAAAAUGUUGGUGAUGAGUCUCAAGACCAUAAAAAUGGUAGUGAUUUAGAGGAAAAUGUUGGUGAUGGGUCUCAAGACCAUGAAAAUGGUGGUGAUAUAGAUUUAAAUGUUGAUGAUGAUCAUGUUGGUGUAGAGGAAAAUAUUGAAUCUCCCGAACCUACAUUCCAUUUAAACAUUUAUGAUCCAAGAAUUUGGGAUGAUCUUAAUGCAGAAAUGAGAGCCUUAUUUGUAGAAAAUGGACCAAUUCGAGAAACUAAUCUCACUUAUCCUAAGGACAAACUCUCUAGAAAAUUUUCCUCACACUACUAUGAUCGAAAAUUACCAACGGGUGAAAUUUAUGAUAGGAAAUGGCUCGUGUACUCAAAAGAGUUGGAUAAAAUCUUUUGCUUUUGUUGUAAAUUGUUUAAAACAAUUACCUCAAAAAGUGAGUUAGCAAAAGAUGGAAUUAGUGAUUGGAGACAUCUUGGUGUGAAGCUUGAUCAACAUGAAAAGAGUAAAGAGCAUCUCACUAAUUCGAGAACUUGGGUUGAGUUGAAAAGUAGAUUUUCUUGGUAUGAAGCUUGA